UCAUUUUUGUAUACUAUAUCGAUUAAUACCGGUAUUUACAUUGUUGCUGCGCGAUGUUAAUUGAGAAGUUAUUGAAAUAUAGAACGACUGUUGGAUGGGCUAUUAUGUUAUUUGUUAAAAUGUAAAAUCCCAUUUGGAUAAUUUUGAAAUCACCCGAUCAAUUUGGAGAGAAAAAUACAGCUCUGCUCUGCUAUGGUCUAACUUUACCUAAAUAACCUUGUGGUUACGAACACUUACUGUUGUGAUCAUCGGAAGGUUUUAACGGACGAAAUGGUCAACGUUAACAUUACAAGAUUCGUUUCAGGAGUUUCACUUCUGUUGGCAAGCCUUUUUGCAGAUCUGUGCUAUGCUGGUAGUUACUGUGUAUAUCUGCAUGAGGACUAUUACACGUUUAACCAGAAAUACUGCGAAAACGGAUGUUGUGAAGAUUAUGGUGAUGAUGACGAAAUAUGCUGCUUUUCGUGGACUGUGGGUAUAAUAAUUGGCAUAUGUUUCGCGUGUGUAGGCUUCAUUGCCCUGGUGGUGUUUGUAAUUAUAUGCUGUUACACUAUGAAGAAAAGAAGCAGGUCCGGUCAGAUUAUCAACCCAGCUCCACAGCCAACGCAAAAUAAUAUGGUCGUUUACACAGCUGCUACAGGAUACACAUACCCGCACCCACCUUCAGCAUUCUAUCCUGGCUCCCGGUUCCCCGGUCAACCUACGGCACCACCACCCUACACAGCCGGUACAAAUCCAGCGUAUCCGCCGACAUAUACCGACCAAACACAAACUCCAGCACCGCCUCCUUUCUCUGGACUCUACGGCCAACCAAGUAUGGGACAAGCUUCAGUCGGAAGUGGACAAUCAUCGGCACACAAUACCGACCAACCAUACAAUGGUUACGGAACAGGCCAAACAUAAUGUUAACAUGUUACAUGUUUUCUUAUAUAUUUCAAGCCGUCCAUUAAAAAUUCGAUACAUUUAUCGGGUAUAUGCAAUGUCCAUUAAUUUUCACUUCGUUUAAAAACAUAUCGCAAAUAAUAUGCAAACCAAAUUCCCAGGUCCGCAUCCAUUAAGAUCUCAAGCAAUUUUGUUCUAUUUUUGUUAAUGAAAAUUGUCAGGGUUUUUUUUUUAUUUUAAAAUUAUAUACACCAGAGAAAAUGUCACGAAAAGAUUCUGACGUCAGUGCAAACCGUAUUUAGAUACGAGGCUGUGUACCUGAACAAUCGAAAAAAACAUUUUGCUCUACUUUUGUGAAAAUAUUAUACCGAAGGUGCUCUGUGGUCUUCAUAUACAUAUCAUUUUAUUUUCUGCUAUUAAAAACACAGUGCUCUAUAUCACUACUCAUUUUACUCGGUAUAUUGAUCUAUUGCCAUGUCAGCGUGUACUUUUGCUGCCGAAUGCCCGUGGAGGUACUUCGAAUACAACUGAACUAAAUGUAUCACAUCAGCAUAGCGAGUCCUGCAGCAAUAAGUUAUUGUUUUGUAAUUAGUUUACAAAAAAGCCAAAGCAGGCCACAACAAAGAGCAAUAUAAUGAUAAAACAUCUUCAUAUAUAAACAUUUCUUCAUUCAAUUCAAGUUGUUUAACCAAGGCAAAUAAUACAUUGUACAUUAUAUACAUAGUGUAUACUUAUUGCUAUAUGAUAUCAAACAGGACAGUCAAAAACGGAUUGUAAUCAAUAGCAAGUUUUGAAAUAUUUAUAUUAAUAUGAUUAAAAUGGAAAGUAGAGUGUCACUACAUUCAGAUGACGGAAUUUAAAAUUAAAGCUGAUACUUAAAAUUCUAAAGCUUAUGACUCUGUCAUUAGCAACCUAUAUACCCUUUAGCUUGCUGGCGGCAAGUGAUAUUGCCUUUGCGACCAGUGCAAGCAGAUCACGGUCUGCACUGUUAGCUAUUCAGUCAGUAACGUUUCAGUGAACACCCCUUUGAAUAAUAAGUGGUACUAUCUAAAUUUAAUGGUGGACCAGUCCAUUUUAGAAAUUUAGCAGGGUAAAGGUGAAGAAGUCAAUGAUGUUGAAAAGUGAUAUGGACAUUAAUUUUAUCAUGAAUUAGUAUAAAAGAAGAGCAAUGUCUUAAAGGUAGAAAGUGUUUUGUUUUGAAAUAUUUAAAAUUUAAUGCUUAUUGAUUCCAACCUGUCAAAAUAUCUUUAUGUGAAAGAAAUAACUUUCGUCAUUCGAUAAAUGAAAUUACUCCCGUAUGGGACUUGUUUCGUACACACGAUAUAAGUUUUAUUUUCUUUCAUGUCAGCAAAAUUGUUUGACAGAAUAUACUAUAUAAUGUCUGUGAUAUAUAGAUUAUUAAGUGUACUGAUACAUGUACAUGUUAUAAAUAUAAAAACGUUCAAAACAUUCGUACAGUUCAAAGUAGUAUGAACUGUGAUCGGAAAAUUGUGUUAAAUCAUAUUGUAAUCUUUCCUGUUUUGUGUUGUUUUUGUUAUUAAACUGUUUGCGAUUUCAUACUUAUAUAGGUACGCGUACGUGUGUAAUUUUUUUUCUUCCGUUGCCAUAUUUAAGAACAUUAGUUCUCACAGAAUUUAAUUGUACUGAGUACAUACUCGUUUGUUACAAAAAAAUCGUCGAACCAUUUACCUCUCUUCGCUAAAGGUUUGAAACCCUGCUUAGUGUGAAUAAUGUUCUGUCUGUGGUUCUACCUAGGUGCGUGCCCAUACCUGAAACAAUGCUCGAAGGGGAUACCUGGCAUCUCCCACCAUCAGUUGAACCUGGAAAAGUGGCCACAUGACCUUCAAUGUGUUGGUAUGACUUUAAAUCCAACAAAAUAUCUGAAGUUGUAUGCAGGUAAAUUUAAUUCUUACUGUUUCUACAAUUAAUUUAGAGCAGCUUGGCAGAAUGCUUAAAUGUUUCGAAAAUUCGUCUCUUUCGAUGACGCAAAACAAAACUUUAAUCAGACCGUUGCAGCUCUGGGAUAUAUGCAAGAGUAAAAUAGCUAUUCCUUGCAGCCCCUAGAAAAUACAUGCAAGAGUUAAAUAGCCAUUCAUUGCAGGCCCUCGAAAAUACAUUCAAGAGUUAAUAUCCAUUUCUGGCAGCCCCUUAAAGAGUCAUGCAGGAGGUACAUGUAAAUAGUCAUUCCUUGAAGCCACUCGAAAAUAUAUGCAAUAGGUAAAUAGCCAUUCUUUGCAGCACCUCGAAAAUUCACGAAGAGGUAAAUAGUGAUAUAUUUUAGCCCCUCGAAAAUAGAUGCAAGAGAUUAAUAGCCUUGCAGGUUCUCCAAAUACUCUAAUACCCAUGCCUUGCAGCCAUUCGAAAAUACAUGCAAGGGGCAAAGAGCCAUUUCUUGCUACGUCGCGAUAUAUACGUAUAUCAAUAGAUCAAGCUAUUUGCACUUUUACUCACAAACUAAUGUUUGUUUAUAAAACCUUAACGACCUUCUUAUUUGAAUUUUUUGAAUCCAUCUUGUUUCUGUAAUUGUGGGAUUUUCUACACGUACACGUACCACAAAAGUAUUGUAGAAGCAACCUCUAUUUGUUGCGUUUAUUGCUCAUUAUAUCUGCUUUGUUAUAACAUCUUCGUAUGAUGCUUAAAUAAAUCAAACUUAAAACGUG